AUGUCUCUAGCUUCUGCAAGCCCUGUUCCAGCAUCUCCCGUUGUCACUGUGGUUCCACCGCAGCCUGUGAGGGAACGUGGCAUGCGCCCGAGACUACUCUCGAUCCCGACUUCGGAAAGAUUAAGUGACGCUGCUACCAUUGAGCCUCUUAUCAAGAUGAUAAGCGGCAAGAUCCGGAAAGGCAGAAGAUCUGUCUUCAAGGAAGUUGGUUUGGAUGAUGAUGCUGAUAGGGAUGGCGAGAACCAUUCCGGAGAUCUUCUGAGGCCAAGCUGCCCCCAGAAGAAUGAGAAAACACCUGAAGAAGCAGAGAGGAAAUUUGGCGAGUUGUCGAAUAUCCACCCGCGCCAUUACAACACCGCACCUCAGCCGCCGACAGCUGCAUCUGAUCUGUCCCCUUCCAGUCAAGACUCCCGGCCACGUCAGCGCCAGAACUCACUGCCAAACCAGCCUUGGUACACAAGGCUUACAAGGCCAAAGGGGAGGCCUCGUGUCAGGAGCGUUUCGGGGACGCCGCCUGCCACCAUAUCGGGCUUUCACCAGUUCACACUGGCAGCAAUGCUCUUGACCCUAUUCCUCCCUUCAUGCCACAUCCACGGCACACGCCCCGGUCUAGAAGCGAUGGUCACAGACGCCAGCGUAUUAUCCAAGAGGACCCUCAGUCCGGUAGACGUAUGCCUCAGAUGGGCUCACCAGGCUGCCAACGUAAAUGGCACACUGUACAUUUAUGGAGGCGAGGCAAGGGAAGAGGACGAUCAACACGAAAACACAUGGAAUAACAAUUUUCUCACACUUGACUUGAGCUCUGACUGGAGUGUCGACUCUCCCGCUCUGAUGGGAUUGGAGAAACCAAACGGACCGCCAGCCGUGGCGCUUGGGUAUCUUUGGCAAGACUACAACAAUCUCUACCUGUAUGGCGGGCAGUUCUCCGAUUCACCAUACACGGAACCGGCCCCUGAAUCCAUUUGGCGAUACUCAAUCAGCAGCAAAUCUUGGACCGAGUUUCCCAAUCCUAAAACAUCCGAAGGGAAUUACUCUGAUAGCGCCGGGGAGCCAGUUCAUCGGGCAUCUGAGGGUGCGGGUGCUUCGGUGCCCGAGUUGGGGCUGAGCUUCUACUUCGGUGGGCACUUGGAUUGGGCAACAACGCCCGGGUGGUCAAGAGACAUAGCCCGUGUCUAUCUCAAAAGCUUGCUCGAGUUCACUCACCCAGGCUAUGCGAAUUCGGGCGUCAACGCACUCAGAGGAAAGGGUGCUGGUCAGAGUGGCGCGUUUAGAAAUAUUACCUCCACGCCAGUUCAACAGAACAACUUCCCUGAGCGAGCCGAUGGUGUUCUCGUGUAUGUCCCAGGUUGGGGUGAGUUGGGUGUCCUAAUUGGUCUGGCCGGGGGCACUGCCGAGGAUUUCACCUAUGACCUGAGAAGACUUGACGUUUACGAUAUUGCCAGCUCUCAGUGGUUCCAUCAGGAGACAUCCGGGGAGAUCCCAAGCGUACGGGUAAAUCCAUGCGCCACAGUCGCCAGCGCUCCGGAUGCCUCCAGCUUCCAAAUAUACCUGUUUGGUGGGCAGAAUCUCCAACCUUAUGGAAAUCAAACUCAAUACAAUGACAUGUUUAUCUUGACCAUUCCUUCAUUCACAUGGAUCAAGGUCAACUCAAGUGACAGCACGCCUGGGCCUCGUGCUGGUCACACCUGCACAAUGUGGGAUGGACAAGUCGUCGUCGUUGGUGGUUAUAUUGGCAACGACUAUAAAUGUGACUCUCCCGGGAUCCAUGUGUUCGACGCCUCGAAAUUGAAAUGGAAGGAUAGCUUCGCAGCUGGAGAUCACCCCCCAGACUUCCAUGCAGACAACAUGGUACUGGCAGCAUCCAACGGCUAUUCCGUCCCAGAUCCAGUUCAAAAAGUCAUUGGAGGCAACGAACAGGGAGGCGCCACAGUCACCACGCCUGCAUCGGGCCCUGCAACAGAUGGCCCAUUUGCAACCGGCAAGCCUCCCGUCUUUACCGUAACCCAAGGUAUCACCACUGUCACGCCCACCAGUGGGCCAGGUUCCGGUCAGGAUGAGCCGGAGGUCAGUCCCGGUCUCGUUGCUACGGGUGUCAUUGCAGGCAUCGCGGGCGUUCUGGCUUUCUAUCUCGGGUUCUGUGCCUGGCUCUACCGUCGUCAGGUCAGCGUUUACAAGCAACACCUCACAGACGCCAAGCGAUACUCGAGUGAUCGUGUCGUCGCCUCUGGCACUCAGGAUGGCCCCUACCAAGCAUCCGGGGCAGCUCAGAAUGAUGAGAACGUUAGAGAAUCGAAGAACGCAGCGGCGUGGGAAGAUUUCAGCACGGGUCCGGCUUGGCUGUCCGAGCCGAAGUGGGCUUCCUCCUCCAGCGACCCGACCCGGGAGACAAGCAGCGGGAGCGGUAUCGGGGAGCCAUAUCAUGGCGGAGUAAUGGGAAGACGGUCCAGCGAAAGUGGCGAGUCAACCGAAGGCUUGCUGGACGGCAGGGAGCCGAGUUUCUUCAGCGUGGUCAUGGCACCAAGACGAGCCCUAAGGGUAGUCAAUGGAGCAGAUUCCUAA